ACAUCCCUGCGUAAACGAACUGCGCUGCAGUCAUUUUCUCAGACGGAGUAAACGAACGACAUUUGCGGUAGUGACUGCAUAAACGAAUGCAUUCUAUUACUGUGUUUCGUAGCUGAAAAGUACCAUUUAUUUUCACAUUUUGAAGAUGGUUAGUCACUUUGGAGAAGUAAUAUUCCCAUCAUCUCGAGCAUUUUGGGAUGAUGAGGACGAGUAUGAACCAGCUAAUUUUCAACAUUCUUCGAAGUUAUACAUUCGCUGGUUGAAAAAUAAACCAGAACAUAUACAAAAGUUCAUUGUAAUAGAAGGAGAUCCAUUAAUUCCUCUUGUGGUUCAAUACUUGUAUUCUAAAACAGAAGCAUGUAUCAUAGAAGAUGAAAAUCAAAAAAAAGUUUCAGUUAUUUAUCAUAUUGACAAACAAAAAUAUAUGUGUAUGAUUUUACCACAAUUUGAUACAAGAAAUGCUGGAAAACUUAUAAACCAGAUAUCAGAUAUAAUACAAAUUUCAGAAAAUAUGAUUUCGAUAAUAUGUCUUCAUAUAUCACAGUUUCAGAAUACAAACAUUCCAGAGAUUCCUUCGUUUUUAAGAACAUUAGUUACCAAAAAUGAGAAUUUUAAAAAAUGGGAGACUGAAUUGUUGGAACAACCAAAUAUUGUGUUUGGAGUUGGUGCAGGAGUUUUAUCUUAUGCUGAACUCAUGGGCAUGUCAGCCAAGUUAUAUGUUUUUUAUAUUGAUAGUCUUGUGUUAGAUUCUAAAUGUGCAGAACCAAUUAUCCAAAUUUUAACUAAUGAAAUAUCUUGUACAUUGCAGCAACCAAAAUUUAUUGAAAAUUCCUUUAGUAAAGGAAAUCUUUAUAUGUGAAAUGUUUAUCUUCUUUGUAAAGCAAACGUGAAUUAAUUACAUAUAAAUUAAAUAUCAAUUGAUAUAUGGAAAUGAUAAAAAAAGUUUAAAAUUAUAUAUGUAAAAUAUAAAGCUAUAUCUAUAAGUAUUUGUGCAUGCACGC